AUGUUCAGUUGGCUAAAGAAGGAAGGUGAAAAAUCCGAAAGUAUCGAAAAUGUCGUGGAGGGUCUUAAAAGAAUAUAUAAAACAAAACUUUUACCCUUGGAGCUUCAUUACCAGUUCCACGAUUUUCAUUCACCGCAGCUCGAAGAACCAGAUUUCGACGCCAAACCUAUGAUUCUGCUCGUUGGUCAAUACUCCACCGGUAAAACUACAUUCAUCAAAUAUCUCUUGGAACGGGACUUCCCGGGUAUAAGAAUAGGUCCUGAACCUACUACCGACAGAUUCAUCGCCGUGAUGUAUGAUGAAAAGGAAGGAGUGAUACCUGGCAAUGCACUCGUCGUAGAUCCCAAGAAACAGUUUCGCCCCCUAAGCAAGUUCGGUAAUGCAUUUCUGAAUCGGUUCCAGUGCUCAACGGUUAGCUCGCCAGUGCUGAAGGGCAUCUCCAUCGUGGACACACCCGGCAUCCUGUCGGGAGAGAAGCAGCGUGUCGACCGCGGCUAUGACUUUACAGGUGUGCUAGAAUGGUUCGCCGAGCGCGUCGACCGCAUCAUUUUACUGUUUGACGCACACAAGCUCGACAUAUCAGAUGAAUUCAGACGCAGUAUUGAAGCUUUGAGGGGGCAUGAUGAUAAAAUUCGUAUUGUUCUGAAUAAAGCUGAUAUGAUUGAUCACCAGCAGCUGAUGCGUGUUUAUGGUGCUCUCAUGUGGUCACUAGGCAAGGUGCUGCAGACACCUGAGGUGGCCAGAGUAUACAUUGGUUCUUUUUGGGACCAGCCCUUACGCUACGAUGUGAACAGGCGAUUGUUUGAGGAUGAAGAGCAGGAUCUCUUUAGAGACAUGCAGUCCUUACCACGAAAUGCUGCUUUGAGAAAACUGAAUGACUUGAUCAAAAGAGCUCGCCUUGCCAAGGUUCAUGCAUACAUUGUCAGUGAGCUAAGGAAAGAAAUGCCUUCUGUCUUUGGAAAAGAUGGUAAAAAGAAGGAAUUAAUAAAGAAUUUGGGUCAGGUGUAUGACCGCAUCCAGAGGGAGCAGCAAAUAUCACCUGGUGACUUCCCAGACAUUAAGAAGAUGCAAGAAACUUUGGCUAACCAUGACUUUACCAAAUUCCAUCCGCUGAAACCCAAACUGCUUGAAGUGGUGGACCAUAUGCUGGCCACGGACAUUGCUCGCCUCAUGGACAUGAUUCCGCAGGAAGAUGUGAACAUUGUGUCCGAGCCACUUAUCAAAGGUGGUGCGUUCGAAGGCGUUGAAGACCAAGUGUCGCCAUUUGGGUACGGACGAGGAGAGGGUGUAGACGCGGGCCACGGCGACCCCGAGUGGAUCUGCAGCAAGGAGAAGCCACGCUACGACCAGAUUUUCCAGGCGCUAAACCCUAUCGACGGGAAAGUCACAGGCGCCGCCGCCAAGACGGAGAUGGUGAAGUCGAAGCUGCCGAACUCGGUGCUCGGCAAGAUUUGGAAACUGUCGGACAUCGACAAGGACGGGUUCCUGGACGAGGACGAGUUCGCGCUGGCCAUGCACCUCAUCCACGUGAAGAUCGACGGCCACGACCUGCCGGCCGAGCUGCCCGCGCACCUCGUGCCGCCCUCCAAGCGGAACUGAGCCGCGCAACAAGGUAUUUAUCAACUUGUCCGGUUGCUACACAAGUACAUCUUGAUAUGUCUUCUACACAUUAAUGCACUUUUAUGAAAUUUAAAAGUUAUUUAUUAGAUGCCGAGUCGAACGAGAGAUUUACUUAAUUUAUACAGUUGAAUGUUCGGCUGUACGUAUUGAUGUUGUCAGCUAGAGUGUCGCUCUGGCCGCCAUCGUUCGCGACAAGCUAGUUUUGUGUGGUAGGGAGACAUACAACAACAUUCGAAGUAAAUGUUUCAUUGUAUUUCCUGAACGUUAAUGUAUUUUCUUUACAAAUAUUUUUAUUUUACACUAUUUAUUAGCUUGCAUGUAUUUGUAAGUUUUUAUUUAUACGUGAAAUUAGGUUGAAAAUGACCAAAUAGCUGCAUCCAAUGUAUUAGCUUUAUUUACUUAAAUUACUGUUAGUGCGGGCUGCGGGCUGCGGGCUGCGUCUUAACUUAUUUUGUUAACUUUUUACGUUAAGUACAUGUUUGUUUUCUAAAAUGUAUUCAUAAAUGGUGGACUAGUGUAAUUGUGUCUAGGACGGACUUUCUGGUUCCGUAGUCGAGUUGUUCCUACUAGAGCCGUGGGCUAUGUAUCCGAGCGGUUGUAUGCCCCGCGCCGCGCUAGUGGCAGUGUCCACGUGACGUGCCUUUGCUUUAAUGUUUAGGCGUAGAGCUUCGUGCGGCGGCCCCGGGCCCGCUGCUACUGUCUUGUGUAUACUGGGCUACUAACUGCGAGUUGAACUUUGUGGGGUUUGUGUAAAUACAGAGUUUUAUAUUGGCUAGAUUUUUGAAAUGUAUUUUAGCUUGUGGUUGGCGCCACCGCGCUGCCUCGUGACGUCACAGGUGGCAUGACGCGGCCGCGCGGCGCCGCCACUCGCGUCUUUUACAUUUUGCUAACAACUGUAUGUACAUAAAGAUAUGUAAAUUGAAUACAAUAUUAUUAUCAUAAAUUAUAUAAUUAUAGAGUUUAAUAAAUAGUUAAGAAGCAAUGAGUUGGUUUUAUUU